AUGAAAUCAGAAGCCGAACCGGACCCUAGGGAUGACUCCGACCUUGAUGAUGAUUCUGAGCUGGAGGAUGAGCACUCUGCCACGCAGGAUGCUGAAUGGGACCUUGAGGAUAUUGAACUUAUGACUGCGCAACAGUCUUUUGCUUCCGAUACUUUGCCCAACGAAUCCGUGAAUACUUUUGCGAAUGAAGUUCCCAUUUGCUCUGGGGGCUUCUCCGCAGGAAACAAUACGUCCUACGAGAAUGUUCAAUUCUCAGACUACCUGAAUCAGGUUGAGUAUUUUCCUUUGCCAACCUAUCCUGCGGGAAUGCCUAGAGUGAACCCCGUCAGUUUGUUCGGAGAAAUGGUCUCAGAUGUCCCGGUACUGUUCGACAGUGCCAAUCAAGGCGUACAAGAUGCCGAUCUGCCCAGGCCUAUUGCUCCUUUGGACUACAACCCAGGAGGUCGCCACCCAAUCAUACCCUACACGAUCAUACCUCCUGAACAGAUGUACCAGAACCGGCCAUACUUGCCACUCCUGGACCCCCAAGUGUCAGCUCCGGCACAGCGCCUUGUGAAACGAGAAGAUGGUCAGCAGCCGCGGCAGCUUUCCCAAGUUCCUAUGUUUGAAGGCCGUAGACAAGCUCCCUUGUUCCAAGGCCGUGGAUUUCAAAUUUCGCCUCGAGAGCCAGGACUUACCAAUGCUGAGCGAUACCAAGAGGACUACUUUUGGGCUCAAGAGCAGGUUGAACUCAAACGGAACCAGGAGCUUUACAAUGAAGGCCACCUCUAUCAAAAACCUCGCUUCCAAUUGCCGAACUUCGACGUGGAACCACCAGUCCUUGAUAGUGAUCCGCCGCCUUUCAAAGAACUUGUCUUUACGGCGGCUCGUGAAAUGUGUCAGGAAAGGAGAGCUGAGGCUGAUCUUGUCCAGCCCUCUACUCCUAAGCCCCGCAAACAACAACCCGCCUAUGGCACUCCUGAUAAUGAGACCCAGAAUGCCCCGAAAACAUACCCUCCCAAGCAGGCCAUGGCCCACAGAGAGGACAAACGGCGCAGAAAGUCUGAUUUCGUAUUCAAGAAGUAUGCGAGUUUCGACAUUAAAAAGGAUGUGGCCCAACUUGCGAGUAGCCUGAAGGAGACUGCAGAAAAUGUGAAAUUGAACCCGGGAACCACUGUGUCUAAGCCCUUUUCUGCCAAGUCGGUAGAGGAAAUCGGUGCAUUCCACUAUUCCCUACGAGAUUCUACUGUGGCAGCUCGUCGGAGAUCGGACCCAGUGAAUCUCGAUUCGGUCCGCUGGGAGAGAAGCAUGGGCGGUUCGACUAUGGACAAGCAAUCUUCACCAGAUGCAAAGCCUCAUGAUACACCGUCGCCGGGACAAGAUGAUUCAUCCUCAGGGCAAGAUAGUCCAACGCCAAAGCGCAAGAAGGUUCGCGUUGAACUCCAAACGCUCAAAAGAAAAGUUCCGGCUACAACCCGCAACACCAGCAAAAAGACUCCGGUUUCCGAGCGUACUGCUAGCAAAAAGGCUAAGUGCAACAAUCCAAGCGUUGACAGAGCUCGGUUGCAGACACCACCAAUCAGAAAGAUCAGGACGAGGCAGUCACUUCCCAAUAGCUGGGCAGAGGCCUCUGCGUCAGACAUCUUGAUGUUCGAGCUCAGAAAGCAAGGCGCGGACUUCCCAGCAAUCACCGAGACUUUGAGAGCAACAUGUGACUUGAAUUAUCUCUCAAGGACCCUUCGCAAUCGCUACUGGAAAAUUGAAACGAGCAUCGGUAAAAUGCCGGACAAUCUCCAACCCAUGACGAAAGAUGAUGUUAAAGACGAGAAGGAGGAUGUGCCCGAGGAAGCGGACGAAGAUACUUCCGGCCUGUCUACUCCCAAGCCCAACCAGGAAGAGAACACCUGGUACUUUUAG